AAAAAAAAAAUCCUCCAGCUUAUUUUUCUUCUGUUUUGAUUUUAUUUUCUUCUUAUCAUUCCAAUCGAAGAAACAACAUAGGAAUUGGCCUUGUUAAAAAUUGAUCUCGGGAACCCUUAUCUGUCAAGCCGCUGGAUCUCGUUGUUGCAAACUUUUUUCUUCAUGUAUCCUCUUCGCUUCCGCCUCGAGUCUCAGGUUCACAUGCUCUCCAUCUCCUGGGGCAGUGGAAACAACCUAUUCGUCACGGUGUUACGGAAUCCAGAGCAAAGCGAUGACGACAGAGAAGCUGGUUGUGAGGUUGUAACCUUGAGACUUAGCUGCGAGAUAGGCAACGCACAGUGGCGAAGGAUCGGUUAUGGAUCUAUGUCUCUGUUUGCGCUUUUGCAGGGCAGGGGAAACUCAAUUUCAAGUUUGUUUAAGAUGGAUAUGAGUCCUUCUCGGUAUCAGACUGAAUGGUGGGAGGACGUAAUGGAAUACAGCAAGGAGAUUACUCCUCUCCUUAGUAAUUCAGUGUCUUCCCCUGCUCCUUUGAUUGAAGACCCAAUAUUGGUCAUAAAGUUGCCAUCUUUUGAUUCAUGGCUAGCAUAAAAGUUGCCAUCUUUUGAAAAGUAUUGUGAUCUCUGAUUUGCAGGUUACUUAAGUUUCUGAGAAAAGUACACAGACUUUGCGAACAGAAGCUACAACUCUCUUAGGCCUUCUUACUCUUUUGCAGGAUCUGGUAAAAAGGUUUCAGACACUCCCCUGACGAAGGCUGGUGUUCCAGAUAUUACCAUAGUGGAUCUCCAUGUGAAGAAAAGCUUUUAUUCUCUUUCCUUCACUCGUUUAUUCAUUGAAAGUAACACUUGAAAUUAGUUUUUUUUUUACGAUUUGGCAAAAGACUUAUGAUGUUAGUAUAAGAUUUGUAUGAUGUCAGUGUAAGACUUGGAAAUAUUCUAUGUAAAAUGAAUGUUUUAUGAAUUUAAUGCAAU